AUGACUACUACUGGCUGUAACCAAGUAUCUACCUGUCAAUUUCAUGAUCAUCUGUGUCAAAAUGGCGAAAGCUAUGUUCCACUCACACCUACAGAUCAUACAACACUUCGUUACAAAUGCCAGUGUUUAACAGGUUAUACAGGACGCCUGUGUCAACAUGCAAUAAAAUCUUGUCGUGCUUACAGUAACGGUUCUCGAGUCCCUGGAAAUUAUCAGGUGUUGGAUGAUAACAUGAAACCCUAUGAAGUGUUCUGCGAUUUUGAUUCAAGUUUGAACAAGGUAUGGACACUUGUUAGUUCAUAUCAACUUCGAAAUAAGGAUAAUUUUGACGAAGCCUAUUUUAAAGAUUGGCCUGUGAACGAAAACACGUCUCGCUGGGAUGAAUAUCGUCUUUCGAAACCCAGAAUGCAAUCUGUUCAAGACGAUUCCAGCAAAUUUCGUGUGACAUGCAAGUAUGAUACCGAUGGUCUAAACUACACUGAUUAUCUUGAGGCAAAAAAGGAACACAUUGAUAUCCUGAAUUUCGAAUAUCGCCACACGCACAUUCCCGUCGUUUGCUCUUUAGUAGACUAUGUAAAUAUUCGAGGAGAUGAUUGCGCGUUCUGUACAAUGAUUUUAUACCAAGACUCCUACACACUUCACGGCGAUUCCUCUAAAACAGAUGGCUGCGACUUUAAUUCAACUGGUGCAGAAAAGUGUGGAGGUCCCGGAGAAGAUAAUUUUGGUCACUAUGGUUGUGUCAAUCCAGCCCACCGUUGCUCAUCGUCUGCGGAUGCCACGACACAAUUAUGGUUUGGAGCUGACUGGUUGUAA